UCUAGGGUUGGAACCCUAGUCCAUAAGCGCCGCUCCACCAUCUCUCUGUUGCCGUGUUCGUGUACUCCCGAAGCAGUAGUCUCAGUGCGCUACUGCGCGCCGCAGCAUUUCCACUCGCCCCGGCGACUCCGCGCUCCGCAUAAGCUGCCAAAGCCAACGGCCAAAAGCAGCUGAUAUAUUAUGGAGGAAAUUGAUCAGAAUCCUACCGGACUUGAAGAACAACAUGAACAUGAAUAUCAACCUAACAACGGAAUUGAAAAUGAACUUGAAUACCAGCCCGGCAAUGAACAGGAAUACCAACCUGGAAAUGAACAUGAAUACCAACCUGGCAAUGAACAGGAAUACCAACCUGACAAUGAACAGGAAUACCAACCUGACAAUGAACAAGAAUAUCAGCCUGAUGGGAAUCAUGAAUACCAGCCUCAGAAUAAGCAUGAAUACCAACCCGAGAAUGAGCUUGGAUACCGGCCUGAUAAUGAUCAAGAAUAUCAACCUGAAGCUGAACAUAACAAUGAACAAAAAUUUGUGCAUGAGUUUUCACAUGUACCCGGAGAGGAAGACAAACAUGAGAUAGAAGAUAGUAUGCCAGAGAACUUACUCACAGAUGAAGAAAAGAACCUUACCAAUGAAACUGUUGAUGGAGGUGGUGACAGAUGGCCAGGAUGGCCAGGAGAGAGCGUUUUCAGAAUGUUGGUGCCUGCGCAGAAGGUUGGUAGUAUAAUUGGUCGUAAAGGAGAAUACAUAAAGAGAACAUGUGAAGAGACAAAAGCUCGUAUUAAGAUCCUUGAUGGUCCUCCGGGAACAAGAGAAAGAGCUGUUAUGGUAUCUGCAAAGGAAGAGCCUAAUUCACCUCUGCCUCCUGCUGUAGAUGGUCUUCUCAGGGUGCACAAACGUGUUGUGGAUGGGCUGGACAAUGAUUCCACUCAUCCACCCGCAGGUGCAGUAGGCAAGGUCUCUACAAGGCUUCUUGUACCAGCUGCUCAAGCAGGAAGUUUAAUUGGGAAACAAGGCACUACUGUCAAAUCAAUUCAAGAAGACUCUACUUGUGUGGUUAGGGUUCUUGGAGCAGAAGAACUGCCAGUUUUCGCCCUCCAAGAUGACAGAAUCGUAGAGAUAGUUGGUGAGCCUGCAGGCGUUCAUAAGGCAAUUGAGUUGAUUGCAUCUCAUUUGAGGAAAUUUUUAGUAGAUCGCAGCAUAAUUCCGUUAAUUGAAAUGCAAAUGCAAAUGCCCAAUUCUCAUGUGGAACAGCACAUGGCGCCAGCUCAGCCUUGGGGUCCCCCGCCUCAAUCUUUUCAACCUAAUGCACCUUCAGCUCCUGGAUUCGGAGCUAGCCCCCGUUUCAUGCCUCCACCUAGGCAGUUCGAUAAUUAUUACCCUCCAGUGGACAUGCCACCUCCUGAAAAACAACCUCAUCAAGGUAUAUCUGCCUAUGGAAGAGACGGCCCAAUGCAUUCCACAUCCAGCCAGCCCGCUCCAUCAGUAAUCACUCAGGUCACACAGCAAAUGCAAAUCCCAUUAUCUUAUGCAGAUGCUGUAAUUGGUACACAAGGUGCAAAUAUAAGCUACAUUCGUCGGGUUAGUGGUGCCACAGUUACUAUACAAGAAACUAGGGGGGCUCCUGGAGAAAUGACCGUUGAGAUUAGUGGAACUACUUCUCAAGUCCAAACUGCUCAGCAACUGAUUCAGAAUUUUAUGGCUGAAGCGGCUGCAGGCCAAGCCCAAGCUCAAGCUCAAGCUCAACAUGCUUCAUCCGCCGAUUACAGUUCUUAUGCAGCUCAUGGAUCAGCAUACACAUCUCAGCCUCCAAAUCCCAAUCUUUCUGGGCAAAGUGGGGGCUAUGGCUCGGUUUAUAGCUCCAGUUACGGCUAUUGAGUUAGUCACUUCUAAACAUCCCCUAGUUUUGAAACUAGCAACCUUAAUAAAUACUUUUUUAAUAGAUUUGAAAGUUAAAAAUUAGAGAGAUGAAACUUGUAGGCAUUAGAAUUCUGGUAAACCAGUGGAGCAUGUUAGUUUUUGUUUUCCCUAAUACUUGAACCGUACUUAUUCAUGUUAAACCAGUGCCACCAUGUAUUUAAUUAUUGUAUCUCUGUUUGUAUUUUUUGCACUGUUGGAUAUAUAUGAGACACUUUUAGUUA